GAAAAUUAAAUUCUUUUUAAUCUCAUGUUCGUAUUGUUUCAUAAUUAUUGUUCAAACACGUUUUAUGAACUCUUGCAUUCUGACUGCUGGAGGUUACUUGAAUUAUGGGAAAGAUUUAUUCGGUAUUAACUCGACCUAUUCGCACAUUUAACAUUGAAAAUCGUGCGGCAAAACUUAUUUCCCGAGAAAAACCAAUACCUGCACCUCAAUAUGCAUCUACAGAAAAACAAAAGAAGCUUUCAGACCAAGUAAAUCCAUACUUUUUGGAAGACCAUUACCAAAAGAACACGCAACUGGAUCAACGAUUAAAAAAUGUUUUUGUUACAUCAACAGACUCGCAAGAAAUGAAAGAGCCAGCAAGAGAUUCCAAGGUUUUACCUCAAAGCAGACGGAGCUGGGAAAAUGAUUUUACAUUUGAAUCUUAUGAACCUACAAUGAUUCCUAUGGGAAAGUGCUCAUUGAAGCAAGCUCUCACAUUUCUUUUGCAACAUAAACACGAUCCUAUAAAAUAUAGUAGCGAAAAUAUAGCUUCUGAAUAUAAAAUAGAUAAGAAAAUAAUAGAUGAUAUAUUGAAGUAUUUUAAAAUUUAUGUGACUGCCUUACCAAACAAUACCAGACAACCUAAAGAGUUUUUGGAUUCAAUAGAAGAUCCAAUUCAAGAGUUCAUAGACAAAGGACUAGAGGUCAAAAAAAAGGAUAAAGAAAAGAAAAAAUAGUACAGAUAUGUAUAUAGAAAAAUAAUUUAUUAAAGUUUAUUUCUAUGUU